AGCGACAGAGGUGUGUGUGCCAAGUUUUUUUGUUUUUGUUGCUGUUUAACUUGAAACAGUUCGCCUGAUCGAAAUUGUGGGAGAAGGCGCAGCUGGCUGGGCGGUCGUCUCUUUGUGUUCUCUGGCUCUAGAAGAAACGUAAAAGAAAAGUCGCAUUAGCGUAAAUCUCAACGGGUGCCACAAAAAGUAAACAGACGCAGUAGCUGCUGGCCAUAACAACAGCAACAGCAACAACAAGAACAGCAAUAAAUCGAGUGCAUUUGGCAUACCAGAAACAGGGGCAGCCAGCGGAUCGUUUCUUUGUUCUUCGGGCUGCAGCAUUAAAAAAGCAACGCAAGAAUGGGAAAUGCAGAGUCAACGAGUCAGUCAGCCCAUGAAUCAGUGCCAGCCGCAACGUCCACAGACGCACCCGACGAGCCCUGGUGGCAGCAAAUAGAACACGAAAACUUAAUACUACAGCAAGUUCAGGAGCAGCAGCUGCAGCCGGUGGAGGCUAUGGACACGUCCCCCAAGACGGAGCCAACGGAUGCAGCAGCAACAGCAGCAGCAGAGGAGGUUAAGCCCGAGGGCGAUGGCUCCACACUGGAGGAGUUCCGGGAGCAGUUGGCCGCUAAGCGUUUGGCACGUCAAACAGCUGUGCAGGAGAUGCGUGAGGAGCUGACUAAAUUGCGUGAGCAGCUGGCACAGGAGAAGGCUGAAAAUCAACGUCUAAGACGACAAGCAUCAUUAGAGCAGGUAGAGGCAGCAGUAGGUGGGGCAGUGGAUGCUCAGAAGUCGCAGCCUGAUCCGGAUGAUGAGAAUCCCAGCAGUCGGAGUCGGCAUGCCAACAUUGAGCUGGCCAACGCACAAUUGGCCCUGCAAUUGGCCAAUGCCGAUAAUCUCUCAUUACGCAGCGAACUGGAUGUGGUUCAACGGCAAGUGGGCACCCUUAAGGAGGUCAUUUGCUGUUGCAAGCAGAUGCUCAGUGUCAAGGAGGAGCAAUGUGCACAGCUGAAGAUGAAGCUGACGGAGAUCGAGAACUCUUUCAGUGAGCGCGAAAUGAAGAUCAUGUCCAACAACUUACGCCAGGAAUACGAACGGCAGCUGGUCAACAUACGCCAGCUGAGGCAAUUGUAUGAGGAGCGUCAACGCGUGGCUGCUGCGGAAUAUGAGAAUCUGCAGCGCCUCAUCUCGAUUAAAAAGGACGAGCUAAUCGCAGAGCAGGAGAAAACAAAGAGCUGCGAAGAACGAAAUCAAUUGCUGCUCAAGGAGCUGGAAACAGCCAACGAUGAGCUGGCCAAGGUGCGCGAGGAGUGUGCCGAGCACAAGUACGAGAAACGUGCCCUCAAGGAGCAAGUGGGCGCAGUUAAUUUGUUGUUCAGCCAACUUGUAAUGGGAUUCAAUGGUAAGAAUAAUCUGAAUAUUGAUCGUCUGACACAAAUGCUGGAGGAGAAUCGCGACCUGUUGAACGAGAUGACACAGGCGGAGGGCAGCUGCAGCGAUGGAGCCACACUGCCCAAGCUGCUCUUCGAGCUGGUCGAGCAGGCGGCCAAGUCGGGCGACGUUGAGCCAGAAAGCGACAAAAGUCGCAGUGCAACGCCCACACCAAACACUGAGAGCGAGGUCAAAGCUAUGGGCGAAGAUAUCACGGACUCUGUCAAGCCGGAGCCGAGCGUCAAAAAGCAUCGCAGGCGCAGUGCAGGAGGAGCGGGUGGAGCUGGAGUGACCGCUGCUGUGGCUUCGUUAAAAAGCCAUGAGCCCGAAAUUAUGGGAAAAGUUGCCACGGCCCAAGAAAUCAUUGGCAACUUGCCAAAAGUUUGGAAAGUGUUGAUGGAGCUCUUGAGUCACCACAAAAUCGAGCGCGUGCAGUUUGAAGAGCAGCCAGCAGCUGCCGAGGAUGGCCACAAGGCAGCGCCGACAACAGCUACAACAAGAGCAGUCGUUGGAGGAGGAGCAACAACAACAGCAACUGCAACAGGCAAAGCUGCAGAGCUGAGCGUCAGCAAGACCUACAUCAAGCUGAAGGAUCUGAUUAUGGAAAAGAAAUCGCUGGUGAAGGAAACGAACCGUCUGAAGACUCUCAACUGUCACUUGGACAACAGGCUGAACGAGCAGGAGAAGCGUUUGAGUGCGGUCAGCUUAGAGCUGACGAAGACUUGGCAUCUGGUUAGCAAAAUGCAGCGUCAGCAUCGCCAGCUGCACACACAGGAGCAAAUACUGCGCUAUCAGCUGCAGCAGAAGCGCCGCCUGCUCAGCGAGCUGAAGGAUGAGCUGGAGUACUGUCGACGCAAAUGGGCGGCGGCACGGGCCAAGAACGAUGAGAGCCAGGAACAGUGCAAUGAUUGGCGACGCGAAUUUGCGCGACGCAAACUGGAGGAUGCCAAUCAUUCGGCGGAAAGUGGUUACAGCGACUCUGGACCCCAGUCGGAUGAGGACACAGCCGCAGCAGCAGCAGCAGCAGCUGGGGCAGUGCCAGCAGUAGUUGAUGAAGCGGCUGCAGCGGUGGCGGUGGCUGCGGCUGUGGCUGGGGACGCUGCGCCCCGUCGCAAGCACUUGAGGGAUCAGUUUGAGCAUACACGAAAAAUAAAACGCAUGCAGAGCACAUCACCGGGUCGCCAGGCGGCAGCUGCAGCCGGACUGGAUGCGGACGAUGAGGAGAUUGUGUUGCGCUGGAAUAGUGCACCGCCCACUUGUGGCUGGCGCGAGACGGAGACGGAGGAGGACGAAGAGGAGCAGGAGCAGGAGCAAGAGCAGCAGCAGCAUCUGCAGCAAGAUGUGGCUGGCACAUCACGUGGAGCAGUGGCCAGAACUGCACACAGUUCACGCAGCAGGCAGCGGGGCAAGUUGCAAGCAACCGCAGACAACUCCCCACACUCGUCGCCCGCAGACUCGGGCACAGCCAGUCGCAUACAGAAGCUGGAACAGCAAUGCCAAUCGCUGAUACAACAGGUGCUGGAGACUUCUGGCAAUCGGGAGCGCCUUGAGGUGCAGCUGUGUCGCUUCCAGGACGAGAUUGCACCCGUGCAGCAUGCUGUGCCGCUCGAUGAGUUCAUCAACCGGAAGCGCUUGGAGCGCAUGACCCGCGCUAGCUCCGCACCGGCCACAGGCGUCGGCAGUCUAACGCCCCGCGAGGAGGAGUAUACGCGCAAACGCUCCGAGCGCCUGGGUCGACUGGAGGAGGAGUCGCGCCAGCUAUUGUCACGCAUCAAGCGCACCACAGAUCGUGGACACUAUUUGAAGAAGUCCCUGGAUCGUAUUCGACGUGCGCCCAGUCGCGAGGCCAGCUUCGAGAGCAACACCGAGGAGGAGCCCAAAGAAGAGCCCGCUGCAGAGACCGAAUCACCCUUGACAGCCGAGGAGCAGGCAUCCAUUGCUCGGCGUGCAGCGCGUCUGCAGCGCCUAGAGCAUGAGAGUCAACAACUGAUCGCCCAGCUCUCUCGAAACACAGAGCGAGGUGAGGGCUUGGCCAAUCGAUUGGACACGCUGCACGAACGUUACGAUAGUCAGGAUCAGACUCAGAUUCAGGUUCAAACUCAAGGUGAGGCUGAGACUGCGGCCAGCCUUUCGCUGACCGUGGAGCAACGCCUGGAAGACAUUGAGCGCGUCUCGGCCAAUCGAGCGGAGCGAUUGCGUCGCCUCGAACAGCAGGGCGACGAGCUAAUAGCCCGUCUGAGUAACACAUCCGAGCGAGGAACCGCCAUGAUCAAUCGCAUAGCACAACGGGAGGCGAGCAGAAGGCAGGAGGCAGAGCUGCUCGAGCAGACGUUGCCCGUAGGGCAGCAGGUCACCAGCAACAGCAGCAGCAGCACCAACAUUGUGGAGGAGGCCAGUGGAGCUGACUGCUCUGCGACGGUCACAACCACUGCCAGCCAGUUGGCGUUGCGUCAAUCUACAGGCGCUAUACCCAAGACGCCGUCAGCCAGGAGUCAACCCCAGGCGCAGCUCUGUGCCGCCGCAAGGCAUGAGGAUGCCCACAAGAAGCGCAGCAGGGCGGAUAAAGCUGAGACUGGGACAGAGACGAAGUCAGAGACACUGGAGGAUAUGGUUCUGCGAUUGCGCUCGCUGCCCUAUCCCACAGCGGGUAAAAGCGAAGAAGAGGAGAAGGAAGAUGAAAUGCUUCAGAAGCAGGAGGAGCAGAUGGGAGCUAGUGAGCUAGAGAAGCGGGAAUGUGAAAAUCAAGAGAAGCUGGAACAGACGGAAUCUGAGCUGGAAGAGAGGCAGGCGGACGAU